AUUUUAGUAUUGUUAUUGUAAUUCUAAUAAAUAAAAAAAUAGUUUUCAUGAAACAUUUGUGGUGGUUUCAAUUUCAACUAUCACCAUGGUCUACACUACCAUCAUAGCUUCCCCACCCAACACUAGCACCCUUGUGGGCACAUGACGAUGACGAUGAAGGAUUCUUGUGUGGGAGACCUCGACGUGUCUCCCACGGUGGAAACCUCUUGUCAACUAUUGGACUACAAUGUAAAACCGGUAGUGUCAUGUCUUCUCUGACAACACAUUGGUAAUUUCGGGACAUGUUCAACCGAGUGAGAGGCCAAAACACCUAUAUAUAUUUCUCUGUUCUAUCACUUCUCUCCCACUCAAGCAUUGCAACUACUUCAUGUCCAUGAGGCUCCUUCUUCUCUUCUCUUGCUUGUUUUAUGCUGUUUCAGCACUCACCUCUGAUGGGGUUACUCUCUUGUCACUCAUGAAACACUGUACAUCCUUGCCUCAUUCCAUAAACACCACCUGGCUUGCCUCUGAUUCCACUCCAUGCUCCUCUUGGGUAGGAGUUCAAUGUAACCAUGCCCACAAUGUUGUCUACCUUAACCUCACGGGUUUUGGGAUUGCUGGCCAGUUAGGACCUGAAAUUGGAAAUAUCACUUGGCUACAACGCUUAGACCUUACUGAUAACAACUUCCAUGGCCAAAUACCUGACACAUUCAAAAACUUGCACAACCUCAAGUUUCUCAGCCUUUCAUAUAAUCAACUGUGUGGCGAAAUUCCAGAUUCCUUGACUCAAAUCUCUCCACUACAUCUUGUUGAUCUCUCUCAUAACAAUAUAAACGGUUCCAUUCCCACAAGUAUUGGGAACACGACUCAGCUCUUAUGGCUGUAUCUUCAUAGUAACAACUUGUCAGGGACAAUUCCCUCAUCCAUAGGGAACUGCAGUAAAUUACAACACUUGUUUUUGGAUAGAAAUCAGUUGGAGGGUAUCCUGCCUCAGAGUCUAAACAAUCUCAAUGAUCUUGCUUCUUUUGGCGUCCCCAGAAAUAAACUUACGGGUACCAUUACUUUGGGUUCCAAAAAUUGUAAAAAUUUACAGUAUUUGGAUCUCUCGUUCAAUGAGUUUAGUGGAGGCCUUCCCUCAAGCUUGGGGAACUGUAGUGGUUUAUCAAAAUUUGCUGCAGUGAACUGCAAUUUAGUUGGGAAUAUUCCAGCCUCCUUUGGCCUACUAACCAAGCUUUCUAUUCUACACCUUCCUGAGAACCAUUUAUCUGGAAAAAUACCUCCAGAAAUUGGUAACUGCAAGUCCUUGGAAGAGUUGCAUCUGUAUUCCAAUAGACUUGAGGGAAACAUUCCAAGUGAACUGGGAAAACUAAGUAAACUGGUGGAUCUUGAAUUGUUUACCAAUCAAUUGACAGGUGAAAUUCCCCUUAGUAUUUGGAAGAUUAAAGGUCUUGAGCAUCUCCUUGUGUAUAAUAAUAGUCUUUAUGGGGAACUACCUUUGGAGAUGACGGAGCUCAAGAAAUUGAAAAACAUCUCAUUGUUUAACAACCAGUUCUCCGGAGUCAUACCUCAAAGCUUGGGAAUUAACAGCAGUUUAGUUCAGUUGGACUUUACUAAUAAUAAAUUCAGUGGUACCAUCCCACCAAAUCUGUGUUUUGGCAAAAAGUUAAGCAUUCUGACUAUGGGCUUCAAUCAACUUUAAGGUAGCAUACCUCCUGAUGUUGGGAGCUGUACAACUCUUGGAAGGUUAAUUCUGAAACAAAAUAAUUUUACUGGGCCUCUUCCUGAUUUUGAAAGCAAUCCAAAUCUUGCAUAUAUGGAUAUCAGCAACAACAAAAUCCAUGGAGCAAUUCCAUCAAGUUUGGGAAAUUGCAGAAGUCUCACUGACUUAAAUUUGUCCAUGAACAAAUUUACAGGGCUUAUACCCUCAGAGUUGGGGAACCUUGUGAAUCUUCGGAUUCUGAAUCUCGCUCACAACAACUUAGAGGGUCCUUUGCCCUCUCAGCUGUCAAACUGUGCCAAAAUGGAUAUGUUUGACGUUGGAUUCAAUUUCCUAAAUGGUUCAUUAUCAAGUGUGCAGAGCUGGACGGAGCUAACAAAAUUAAUUUUGAGUGAGAAUCACUUUAGUGGGGGAAUCCCAGAUUUCUUGUCGGAAUUUAAAAUGCUUUUUGAACUACAACUUGGUGGCAAUAUGUUUGGAGGAAAAAUUCCUAGAUCGGUUGGAACAUUGCAGAAUUUGAUGUAUGGUAUGAAUCUAAGUUCAAAUGGACUGAUAGGCGACAUUCCUGCAGAGAUUAGGAACCUGAAAAAGUUGCAAGCACUGGAUCUUUCCCAAAAUAAUUUGACAGGGAGCAUAGAAAUUCUUGGUGAACUAUUCUCCUUACUUGAACUCAAUAUUUCAUUCAAUUCUUUUGGUGGUCGUGUACCAAAGAAGCUGAUGAAGUUGCUUAAUUCUCUUUCUCCCUGGUCAUCAUUUAUGGGCAAUCCUGGUCUGUGUAUCAGUUGUUCAGCAUCUGAUGGCUUAGCUUGCACUGAAAACAGCUCUAUAAAACAAUGUGAUGAUAACAAAUCAACAAAACAGAAAGGCCUCAGUAAUGUUCAAAUUGUGAUGAUAACUCUUGGGCCCUCAAUAUUUGUUGUUUUGCUGUUGCUGCGAUUAGUUUAUGUUCAUGAUUUUGUUUUUGGCAGCAAAGCUAAGCAGCAAAUGCAUGUCUCUGAUGAAGAGGGUUCCUCAUCCCUUCUUAACACUGUCAUGGAGGCUACAGCAAACCUAAAUGAUCGGUAUAUUAUUGGCAGAGGAGCACAUGGAGUUGUUUAUAAAGCCUCGGUGGGUCCUGACAAAGCUUUUGCUGUGAAGAAUAUAGAAUUUGCUGCAAGCAAAAUUAAGAAAUUGAGCAUGGUAAAAGAAAUUCAAACCCUUGAAAGAGUUAGGCACCGAAAUCUGCUCAAAUUGGAAGGCUUUUGGUUUGGAAAAGAUAAUGGUCUAAUUUUAUACAGCUACAUGCCAAAUGGGAGUCUCCAUGAUGUUUUGCAUGAAAGGACCCCACCAAUGACCUUAGAGUGGAAUGUUCGGUAUAAGAUAGCAGUUGGAAUUGCUCAUGGAUUGGCUUAUCUCCAUCAUGACUGUGAUCCUUCCAUAGUGCACCGAGACAUCAAGCCAACCAAUAUACUUCUAAACUCUGAUAUGGAGCCUCACAUUGCUGACUUUGGUAUUGCCAAGCUCUUGGAUCAGCCUUCGGCUUCAAAUCCUUCCAUUUGUGUGCCGGGUACAAUUGGUUACGCAGCACCAGGUAACUCUUGUACAUUUAUCAUUCAUUGAAUAUUUUUUUUCCUACGUAAAGCUAUCAUGGGUUGGCACAGAAGGUUCAGCAUCCAAUUUGAAUUUAUGACACAAAUUUGACACCCUUACAAUCAUUAAAAUCAUAUUUUAGUUCUCAUACCUACUCACGAAGAUCCCUUAUCAAUAGAGGUGAAAUUCCUUUGACAGACUUUGUUAACUCUCAGUCGGCAAGUAAAGUCUUAGAUUAAACUGAGUACUACUAAAUUUUGUCUAACCAUUAAGUAAUUAAACAGUGGUAUUUGGUCCGUGUUUGAUAGUUACGAGAAUGUUAUCUCCUAUCAACCAUUUAUGUAUAAAAAAAAUACUUAAAUAUGUGUUUAGU